CAGAUAGCAAUAGAAGGCUGCUGCCAUGGAGAAUUGGAUGCCAUCUAUCAGCACAUUAAGAAUCUCGAAUUUAAAAAUGGAUACACCGUCGAUCUUCUCUUAAUUUGUGGAGAUUUUCAAGCCGUACGCAACUAUAAAGACCUGCAAUGCAUGGCUGUCCCCAAUAAGUACAAGGCUCUUCAAACUUUUCACAAAUACUACACUUGCGAAAAAGAGGCCCCCAUCUUGACUAUCGUAAUUGGAGGGAACCAUGAAGCAUCCAAUUAUAUGUGGGAAUUAUAUCAUGGAGGGUGGCUAGCACCCAAUAUAUACUUUCUGGGUCAUGCAGGAUGUGUACAGGUCAACGGAAUUCGCAUUGCAGGUGCUUCUGGGAUUUACAAAAUGCACGAUUUUAAAUUGGGUAAUCACGAAAAGGUGCCAUACGACGCGAGUUCCAUCAGAAGCAUAUACCACAUCCGAGAAUACAAUGUCAGGCGGUUGUCUCUGUUAUCAACCCCCCGGAUUUUCCUCUCUCACGACUGGCCGCAGUCAGUUGAACAAUAUGGUGAUCUUGCGGGCCUGUUACGUCGCAAAAGCUUCCUCAGAGAGGAUAUUAAUUCUGGAAAACUUGGGUCACCCCCUCUGAUGGGUCUUCUGAGGACCUUGCAACCGGAGUGGUGGUUCUCGGCACAUCUACACGCCCGAUACGAGGCAACGGUAUUUCACCAGGAUCGACCCCUUCCCCCCGCGGCUGUUCAAAAUCCUGAUGAGAUAUCUAUUGAAGAUGAUCAAGUCCAGGAAGGAAAAAAUUACAUUCCUCGGAAUCCUGAUGAAAUCUUGCUGGACGAUGAAGAGGAAGAUGUAGAAGUUCCUCUACUCCCUCCACCUCCAUGUGCGACCACCAAAUUUCUUGCACUCGACAAAUGUUUGCCGAAUCGACAAUUUCUCGAGAUAAUUACCCUGCCAACCGAAGAAUCUCGCCAACCACCACUUCUAACAUUCGAUCCAGAAUGGCUCGCUAUCACGCGUGCGUUUCACCCAUGGCUGUCGACGACACGACACCAGCGGCCUUUCCCACCAGAGGCAGAAGCAAGGGAUAUGGUCUCAAAAGAGUUUGAAUGGGUUUCAAAAAAUGUCACUGGCGAUGCUCUACUUGUCUCAGAGCACCAACGUUUCAUUCCGACAGCUCCAGGACCAGGGAACGAGGGCGCGGCGAAGAAUCAGCAACCACCAUGGUAUACCAAUCCUCAGACGGAGGCAUUUUGUCAGAUGCUAGAGCUUGAAAACAAAGUAAACGCUCCUCCU